GCCUUGGAGGAGGCUGCCUCCGUCCGAAGGCUUUUUUGUCUCUUCUCCCUCGUCAAUCCAAGUCGUUCCAUCCCUGUUGCCUGGAAUCCUCGGCGGCUAAUCUGGUUAGGCCCAGUGACAUGGAUCCGCUGUCACACGAUCUGCCAUUCCCCUUAUCGCGGGGAGGGUGAGGGGGGGCAGUCAAUGCUGGGCAGUGCCGCGGCGACGAUUGAACCCCACCAGCCCUGGCUCCGUCGGCCGGCUCCGUGACCACAACAGAGAAAAAGCGCCGAGUCAAAAAUAUCAUCUGAUUCGGCAUUGGAGGUGGGCUUUUUCUUGAAAUAACAAAGCAGCCACUGUCUCCAGAACAAAGACCCUUCACAAAGACCCUUCUCCCUCCAUUCCUCAUUCCUCAGACAACAACACAGGCGCCGCCAAAAUGGACCUCCCCGUCAUCAACCUCGACGUCUUCCUCCAGCAGCCGCGCGACUCGCCCGCCGUGCGCGACGAGUGCGCCAAGGCCGCGUCGGCCCUCAUCACGUACGGCGCCCUCGUGCUGCGCGACGGCCGCGUGCCCGAGGCCGCCAACGAGGCCUUCCUGGACCUGCUCGAGGACUACUUCGCCCAGCCCGAGCCGGACCUGCGCCGCGACGAGCGGCCCGAGCUGGGCUACCAGGUCGGCGUCACGCUCGAGAACACGGAGAAGCCAAAGUGCGCCGUCGACGAGCCGUGCCUGCGCGUCAUCGAGCGCCUCGCCCCGGCCGAGCGGCCCCUCGACAUCGCCGCCCACGAGCCCGACCCCAAGUGCCGCUUCUUCUGGCGCGUCGUCGAGGAGCCGCCCUACGCGACCGAGUUCCCGGCCCUCAACGCCCCAAACGUCGUCCCGGACGCGCCCCAGAUCAAGGAGCGCUGGGUGCCGACCAUGGACCAGUGGGGGUCGUUUAUGAAGAAUGCCGUCUCUGAUCUUGCCGAGAUGGCCGCCAUAGGGCUGGGCCUUCCGGGCAAGACGUUCAAGGAGGCGGGCCAAUAUGGUCCCCACCUGCUCGCCCCGACGGCAUCCGACCUCAAAAAGUACGGCGCCAAGGACACCAUCCUGGCCGGCUUCCACACCGACCUCAACUUCCUCACCAUCCACGGCCGCUCGCGCUACCCGGGCCUGCACAUUUGGGCGCGCAACACGGGCAAGAAGAUCGCCGUCAAGAUGCCGUCCGGCGAGGGCUACCUGCUCGUCCAGGCCGGCAAGCAGCUGGAGCACCUGACGGGCGGGCUCGUCAAGGCCGGCUUCCACGAGGUCGUCGUCAACGACGCCACCCUCGACGUGGUCGAGCGCAGGUCGAGGGAGCUCCCGGACCGGCCCCUCGUCCGCAUCUCAUCCACCUUCUUCUGGCACCUGUCGUCCGACUUUGACCUGGCGCCCAUCCCCAAGCUGGCCGAGGAGGCGCGCCGCGUCCGCGCCGAGCAGUUCAAUCUCGGCCGCGACGAGGGCGAGGAGCCAGAGUACGCGCCCAUGAAGGUUGGCAAGCAGGUUCAAAACGAGCUUAAGCACAUUGCCUUGAUGGCAUAGAUGCUUUGGCUAUCAGCACAUUUUCAUAUUAAAGGGGCGCAUUUUGGUUGGUAUAUAGGUGUUUUUAUUGCAGAUAAAGAGGUUAGUAAU